AUGACGAACGACAGUACAGAAGUACACUAUGACUUUCAAGCUCGAAGACCACACAGCCACGUCCAACGACUCGAGCGAGCCCGCAAGACAGGCCAACCCGUAGACGAGCAACCACAGGAAAUAUUCUUCGGUGUCGCAGCAGCCAAGAGACCAAAUGACAAGAUCGAAAUAGGCUUCUGCGCCCACGAUGGCACCUACAGCAUGGACUUUGCCAUCCACUGCAUUGAAGCCAAAGGCGAUGCCGCAAAGACCUUUUCAGACUAUGUGGUCAUGAGAGUUCAGAACUACCAAGACGAGCACCAUUACAAAUACCUCGGCGCCGGCAUCUCCAAAACCGCUCGUGAGAUUUCGCCAGAUUUGCCUGCUAGGAUGUGGGCCGAACUCGACAUCCCCACGUUGGAGUUUGAGAGAAGUGUUGUCGAGAGUGAUCAUGUCAAGACCGAGGAAGUUGAUGUUGAUGAGGAGGCCGAUGCCAUGGCGAGAAAGUGUGUUGGCAUGUACGGACCUCAGAAGCAACCUCUUCUCCAGGUCGGAUUCUUGAACGAAGUCUCUGUUGAUGCCGCGGGUCAUGCUCUACUCUGUACGCUGGAGCAAUACCGCAACACGGUCCGCAAGCCCACCUGGGACGCAACAAUGUACUAUGCCGAACGUCUCAGGAAAAAGGGCAUCAGGAUGGCCUUUCUCAACGCCACUCCUCAAGGCGGAGGUGUUGCAUUGAUGAGACACGCUCUGAUCAGACUCGCCCGUCUGCUUGGUAUUGAGAUGAAGUGGUACGUCCCUCGCCCGAAGAACGAAGUCUUUCGCAUCACAAAGACAAAUCACAACAUCCUGCAAGGCGUCGCCGAGCCCAACGAACGCCUCAGCGACGAGCAAGCCGAAACCAUCAAGACGUGGGUCUACAGCACUGCCAAGCGCGACUGGCUGCGCAAAAGAGGUCCGCUGGCCAAGAUCGAAGACGGCGGUGCCCAUAUUCUUUUCAUCGACGAUCCUCAGAUGCCGGACAUUGUGCCUCUGGCAAAGGAGAUUGAACCUGGCCGUCCAGUGCUGUUCAGGUCUCACAUCCAGGUCAGAGCCGACUUGGUCGAUGGCGAGCCCAAGAGUCCCACUGCUCAAGUUUUCGACUGGCUGUACUCGCGCGUCAAGGAAGCAGACAUGUUCAUCGCCCACCCAGUCAGCGACUUUGUGCCCAAAGCCGUCGAGCCCGAAAAAGUGGCCUACCUGCCCGCAACAACAGACUGGCUCGAUGGCCUGAACAAAGAACUCCGCAAAGAGGACUCGCAAUACUACUUUCGCAACUACAACACUCACUGCCGCCGCGCUAACCAACCUCCNCUCGCCUUCCCCGGCCGCGACUACAUUGUGCAGAUCGCGCGCUUCGACCCCUCCAAAGGCAUCGACACGGUUGUUCGCUCCUACGGCGAGUUGCGCAGAAACCACUACGCCGACACUGANCCCUCAGAAACACCCCAACUCUGCAUCGCAGGCCACAGCAGCAUAGACGACCCAGACGCGUCCGCCAUCUUCGACAAGACCAUGCACCUGAUAGAAACCGAGUACUCGGAAUUUGCAGACGACAUCAGUGUCAUGAGACUCGGCCCCAUCGACCAAGAACUCAACGUCCUCCUCAGCAAUGCAAAAAUCUGCCUCCAGCUCUCCACCCGCGAGGGCUUCGAAGUCAAAGUCUCAGAGGCACUGCACAAAGGCGUACCAGUGAUUGCCACUCGCGCAGGCGGUAUUCCUUUGCAGGUCGAGGAUGGCCAAUCUGGCUUCUUGGUCGACACUGGCGACUACAAACAAGUUGCUGAAUACAUGUACAAGUUGUUUUCUGACAAGCAACUGUACACAGAGAUGAGUAGAUAUGCGGCGUCUCACGUCAGUGACGAGGUCAGCACGGUAGGGAAUAUGUUGAGUUGGCUAUAUCUAGCGGAUACGAUGGCUGGAGAGCAAGGGAAAAAGUUGCAACCCAGUGGUGCUUGGAUCAAUGAUUUGGCGAGGGAGGGCGCGGGGAUGCCCUAUGAAGAAGGCGAGCCAAAGUUACCUAGACAUUACAAGACUUAG